AUUUUUCAUUAAAAAUAAUUUAUCCAUCAAACAAAUCGUAAGCCACAUUUUUUCGAGGAAGAAGAAGAAGCCAUAGCGAAAAAGAAACAGAAAACAGAGCAAAAAGCAGAGAAGAAGAAGAAGAAAGAGAAAGCAGCAAAAUUGGAAGGAAAGGCCACUUGGUUCACAUUCCCACCUCGAAAUUGCUAGUCAAACUCCAAACCAACGGCCCUUUGUCACAAAAUCCUACCGUCCUUUCAAUCAUCACCUGAAAAAUGCAUAUAUUUGUGCGCGAAAUGUGGCUGGAUUUUCAUAGUUCAGUUACUAAACUUCAGGGCAAAUCAUACACAAAGAGAGAGAGACGAAAAAACAGAAAAAAAAAAAAAAAAAAAGAGAGUGAGAUUUCAAUAACCCACCUGCAUUUCAAGCCCUACUUCCAUUAAUCGCAGGAAAUUAAUAAAAAAAAAAAAAGGGAUUAAAGCAUGGCGCAACUGAAUCCAGAAGAGAAGUUUAGUGAAAACCAUUCUGAAAUGGAGGUCAAUCAAGAAGCUAUCACCAAUAGCGAUAGCGAUGGAAGUAGUAAUAGCAGUCUUGCUAAUUUGGCCUUCAGAUUUAAUGCUCAAGCGCCUGAGUUUUUCCCUAGAACCCAACCUCAGAUGCCUGUUACCGGUUAUUUUCAUCCCUAUUUUCAUUUUCUUGGUGGGGGGCCUGCUUCUUCAGAUUGGUUCUUUAUUGGGGACCAAGAACCUGCUUAUUUGAUCCCUAAUCCCAACAUUCAGCUCCCUAAUUUCUCUAAGCAUGCUCGUUCUGAGGAGAUUCAGCAAAAAAUCGUCAAACAGGUAGAAUAUCAGCUUAGUGACAUGAGUCUUCUCGCAAAUGAGACUCUUGCAAAACACAUUAGUAAAGAUCCCGAUGGUUAUGUUCCGAUUUCUAUUCUUUCAUCGACAAAAAAAGUGAAGUCUCUCUCAACCAACAACAAUUUCAUAGUUCAAGCACUCCGCUCCUCUUCAAGGCUUGUUGUCAGUUCUGAUGGGAAGAGAGUUAGGCGUAAGGUUCCAUUCACAGACAAGGACAAAGAGGAAUUGCUGGCCCGCACAGUUGUUGCUGAGAAUUUGCCAGAAAAUCACUCGCAUCACAAUCUGGAGAAAAUAUUCAGUGUGGUUGGAAGUGUGAAAACCAUCCGAAUCUGUCAUCCCCCGGAAUCAAAUCCCUGCUGCUCUAAAGGUGAAUUGUUUGUCAGUAACAAGCUUCAUGCACUCGUGGAGUUUGAGACUGUAGACUUAGCUGAAAGAGCGAUUGAGCAGUUAAACGAUGAGAGAAACUGGAGGAAAGGACUCCGAGUAAGGCCACUGGUGAGACGCUCGCCGAAGUCUGUUCUAAAGAAUCGAAAAUCAGAAUUCGAUAGCGUUUUGGAUGAAGAUGAUUCACCAUCUUCUGUAUCCGUUGAAGAGACCCCACUGCAAAAUAUCAAUGACCUGAUUGUCGAUUGCAAUCCUGAAGAGAACUCUACAUCAUCGAAGAAGAGCUGGGGUCGAGGACGUGGGAAGGGCCGUGGACGAAUUCAUGGUCAUCUCGAUCGUAGUUAUAGCUUGCCGGUUACAUCAUCUCUGCAGACGAGUGGGCAGGUUUUGUGUGAAGCAUCUUCCAAACUGACUACAAAGAGUCCAAGAAUGCCUGAUGGGACUAAAGGUUUCACCAUGGGAAGAGGCAAGCCAUUAAGCUCUAAACCUCCUCUAUUCAAUAGGCUUGUUGACUGAUAGAAGAAAAUGUAGGAAAAUCUCUGUUUGAUUUAUUGAGUAGGGUGGAAGGAACUAUGAAAUUUUUUUCGAUGAGACUAUUCACAAUUUUGCUGCUACAUUUUAAUUAUUUCAUUUAUGUAUUAUUUUUUUUUAAAUUUGGUAAUAAUGGAGAUGUUUGAUAGAGUUUUGGUUA